AUGGCCACCACACGUACAAUGACCAGUCUCAGGACCGUUGCCGCACACACGACCAGGUCUCGUCAAUUCCACACGACACGAAAAGCACUCGUCCAAAUCGGCGAUGCCAUUCCUGAUAUUGACCUGAUGGAGAACUCGCCUGGCAACAAGAUCUCCAUCGCAAAGGAGCUGAAAGGCAAAGGUCUCAUCAUCGGUGUACCUGGUGCCUUCUCUCCUGCCUGCAGCGCCUCUCACAUCCCCGGCUACCUCAACUCUCCUCGCCUGAAGCACGCUGGACAGGUAUUUGUGGUCAGCGUUAAUGAUCCUUUCACCAUGAAAGCAUGGGCUGCUUCGCUCGAUGAGGGAAGCAAGAGUGGUGUAUGUAUUGAUGUGCAUGCUAAGAAGCAUCCCGAUGGAUCUAUGAAAUGGGAGAAAGCUGAUAUUGGAGAGCAGAUUCGUUUCCUUGCCGAUGCUCAGGGCGCCUUCACACGGGCAGUGGAGAUGGAGUGGGAUGCCACUGCUGCCUUUGGACAGCCUCGUAGCAAGCGCUACGCUCUGUUGAUCGAAGACGGCCAGGUCAAAGAAGUGCACGUAGAGCCAGAUAAUACAGGUGUGAAUGUAUCCGCAGCGGAUAAGGUGCUCGGCCGUGCGUAA